GCAAGAUAGUGUGAUCUAAGAACAGAGAACAGGUAGAACAGAUCAAAACAACUACUGAACAGACUAAAGGAUUUUGAUUGAUAUCUAUACAUGCUACGUCUGAAACGUAACCAACGAGACAGAUGGUCAUUACACCAACCUCCUGCCAACUACUCAAUCUCGCCACACAAACCUGUCAUACAAGCUGAAAAUCUACCGGUUGACAGAUGUUACUUUGACAUAUGUGUAAGCACUCGUGAAUCGGAAGCGUCCGAUGAAACCAAAGCUGAAUAUGAAGCUAUGAUACAAGAACAAAACAACUUACAAAGCUUGAAAAACUUGGGAUCUGAUGUCAUGGCUUGGGUUGCAAGAAUCGUAAAUUGGUCUGAAAAGGAUAUGUUCAAAAACUUAUGAACCGUCCCUGAUCUGC